AUGUCGUUCUUACUUAACGUGGCCAGACCGGCUUUUAUGGCGUGCAAGCUGUCGCCGCAGUUUGGUGUGCGGAGUGCUAGUCAUGUGGUUGUGAGUCAGAGAAGAAUCGACCAGACCGAGCUGGAGAAACAGGACACUGUGACCAGACGUCAGUUGGAGCUGAGUAAAGAAAGGGUGCAAUUCAAGCGGCUCAAGCCGUACUCGCCCAGUCUGAGAUGGUGGAGACGGCCGAUCUACCCUCACUUGUGGUCGGGCAAGCCGUACAAGCCGCUGACGGUGACCAGAGUGUCCCAGUCGGGACGGAAUAGCACAGGAAGAAUCGUGGUGAGACACCGUGGAGGAGGCCACAAGCGUCGUAUUAGACUGAUCGACUACGCCAGAAACACCCCGGGCCCGCACACGGUGGUGCGGAUCGAGUACGACCCGAACAGAACGUCGCACAUUGCGCUGCUUAAACACCAGGAUACAGGAGAAAUGUCGUACAUCAUCGCGUGCGAGGGGCUGCGUGCGGGAGACGAGGUGGAAUCGUUCCGCGCUGGUAUUCCAGAGCGGCUGAUGAAAGAGAUGGGCGGCAAAGUGGACCCUGCCAUUCUUGCGGUGCGGAUCUCCAGAAAAGGUAACUGUCUUCCGAUCUCGUUGAUUCCCGUGGGGACCAUUGUGUACAACGUGGGCGAGCACAAAAACGGCCCGGCCAAGUACUGUCGUGCUGCCGGCGCGUACGCGCGGCUGGUGGCCAAGGAUCUGGAGAAAAAACGUGCGAUUGUGCAACUGCAGAGCGGAGAACAACGGUACGUGAACUUGGAGGCCUGUGCUACGCUCGGAGUGACAUCGAACUCCGCCCACCACAACCAGAGUCUGGGUAAGGCCGGAAGAAAGAGAAACAUGGGUAUCAGACCCACAGUUAGAGGUGUUGCCAUGAACAAGUGCGACCAUCCAUUGGGAGGUGGUCGUGGUAAGUCCAAGGGUAACAAGGUGCCUAUGUCUCCAUGGGGUGUGAUUGCCAAGGGAGGAUUCAAGACCAGAAUCGGCAAACAUGUGAAUAAAAACAAGGUCAAGGACCGGCCUCGUGGUAAGCAAAGGUGA